GCAGGCAUGUGCCCGGCCUGGUUGGUGGGGGAACCUUAAACCUUUGCUUGUUUCUCUUCCCCUGCCAGGGCAAAGGUGUCUGGGACAAGACCCGACUGGCUCUGGAGACCGAGGUGUCUGAGCUACGGGCAGAGCUGAGUAACCUGCAGGCCUCGCGGCAGGAGGGCGAGCAGCGGAGGCGCCGCCUGGAGUCACAGCUACAGGAGGUGCAGGGCCGGGCCGGCGACGGGGAGCGGGCACGCGCAGAGGCUGCGGAGAAGCUGCAGCGAGCCCAGACUGAACUCGAGAACGUGUCUGGGGCACUGAGUGAGGCCGAGUCCAGAGCCAUCAGGCUGAGGAAGGAGCUGAGCAGCACAGAGGCCCAGCUGCACGAUGCCCAGGAGCUACUGCAGGAGGAGACCAGGGCAAAGCUGGCCUUGGGGUCCCGGGUGCGAGCCUUGGAGGCCGACGUGGCCGGGCUACGGGAGCAGCUGGAGGAGGAGGCGACGGCCAGGGAGCGGGCCGGCCGUGAGCUGCAGACCGCCCAGGUCCAGCUCUCAGAGUGGCGGCGGCGCCAGGAGGAGGAGGCAGGGGCACUGGAGGCAGGCGAGGAGGCUCGGCGCCGGGCUGCCCGCGAGGCGGAGGCCCUGAUGCAGCGCCUGACAGAAAAGACGGAGGCGGUGGAGCGGCUGGAGCGGGGCCGCCGGCGGCUGCAGCAGGAGCUGGACGACGCCACCAUGGACCUGGAGCAGCAGCGGCAGCUCGUGAGCACGCUGGAGAAGAAGCAGCGCAAAUUCGACCAGCUCCUGGCAGAGGAGAAGGCCGCUGUGCUGCGGGCGGUGGAGGAGCGUGAGCGGGUGGAGGCCGAGGGCCGGGAGCGUGAGGCCCGGACCCUGUCGCUGACUCGGGCGCUGGAGGAGGAGCAGGAAGCGCGUGAGGAGCUGGAGCGGCAGAACCGGGCCCUCCGGGCGGAGCUGGAGGCACUGCUGAGCAGCAAGGAUGACGUGGGCAAGAGCGUGAGUGGGGGCCCCCUCCCCGAGACACCCCUGUGACAACUGCAUGCACAC